AUGGUUCAAGUUGAUGAAGUAAGGGAAGUAGAGAAAGGGAAUCCUGAAGUUGAGGUUAAGGUAUCAUCUUCUGCACAUAGUCAGGAGAUUCCCAGGAUAGCUCAGGAUGAGAGUGUGGCAUCCUUUCCUGCCGUAGCUGAGGAAGUACGAAGAAUUCAGGAAUAUGAAGUAAAUAUCCCUACUGAAGAGGAUUUCCAGGAGGUUAUUCAAGGGAGGAAUAAGUCCUUAUGUGGUUGCUCGUCUAGCCAGGGGGAGAUUUUUGGUGGUAUCUCAUGA